GGGGUCGCCACGCUCCGGUUCUGGCCGUCGUCAUGGCGGCUGCAUCGGGCUCCGUGCGCCUGCAGCGCUGCAUCGUGUCGCCGGCUGGGAGGCACAGCGCCUCUCUGAUCUUCCUGCACGGCUCAGGUGAUUCUGGACAAGGACUGAGAACAUGGAUCAAGCAAGUUUUAAAUCAAGAUUUAACAUUCCAGCACAUAAAAGUUAUUUAUCCAACGGCUCCUCCCAGGCCAUAUACUCCUUUGAAAGGUGGAAUCUCCAACGUAUGGUUUGACAGAUUUAAAAUAUCUAAUGACUGCCCCGAACACCUUGAAUCUAUUGAUGUAACAUGUCAGGUGCUUACGGAUUUGAUUAAUGAUGAAGUCAAAAGUGGCAUCAGGAAGAACAGGAUAUUAAUAGGAGGAUUUUCUAUGGGAGGAUGCAUGGCGAUGCAUUUAGCAUUUAGAAAUCAUCAAGAUGUAGCAGGAGUAUUUGCCCUUUCUAGUUUUCUGAAUACCGCAUCUGCUGUUUACCAGGCGCUCCAGCAGAGUGACGGCCUGCUCCCUGAGUUGUUCCAGUGUCAUGGUACCGCAGAUGAGCUAGUUCUUCAUGCCUGGGGCGAGGAGACAAACUCCACGUUGAUGUCUCUGGGGGCGACACUCAAAGGAGGUGAGGAGCGAGCCCUGAGCAUCUCCAUGAAGAAGAUCCAAGCAGACUGAACAGGGAGCACCGCAUCGAGGCAUCCGAGAGAUUCCGAGGAGGCUGAGGUGGGUGGAGGAAGGCAGCGAGAAAAAGGAGGAAACUGAAGUCAGAAAGGUGAGGAAGCGAAGGACCAGGUCAGUCCUGUUGUGUCCUACAGGCUGUUGUACGUGCUUUGACUCUAAAGGAAAUGGGAAAGAACUGUUAAGUUUUUGAGCAAAAAUUUAUAUGAACUGAUACGUAAAAAGCAAAGAUUUCUUUUUUAUAGCUGCGCUCACGGCAUAGUCCAAGCUACAGCUGCAACCUAAGCCACAGCUCUGGCAGCGCAGGAUCCUUUUAACCCUCUGCAAGAGCCAAGGAUCAAACCCACACUUGGCAGUGACCGGAGCCACUGUAGUUGGAUUCUUAACCCACUGCACCACAGCAGGAACUCCCCAAAAUAUU